AUCAUUUAGGUGCUAAAAACAUUUCCGAAAGUUGGAGAGUAUCUAAAAACAAUUGUGAGCUUUGGCAAAGUUACCCCUGAACAAAAAGAACAAUGUGAAGGUUUUGGUGUAGCAAUACAUUCAUGGGAGGAGUUCUUGUCAUUGGGUGAUGAUAAACAGUUUGAGCUCCCACUGAAGAAGAAAAGUGACAUCUGUACAAUAAUGUACACUAGUGGGACAACUGGUGAUCCAAAAGGUGUUCUAAUUUCAAAUAACAGUAUUGUGACACUUAUAGCUGGUGUUCAUCGUCUGCUAGGGAGUGUAGAUGCAUCAUUGGAUUCAAAUGAUGUUUAUCUCUCGUUUCUACCCUUGGCACAUAUAUUUGAUUGGGUGAUUGAAGAAUGUUUUAUUAAUCAUGGAGCAUCUAUAGGAUUUUGGCGUGGGGAUGUUAAAUUGCUGAUUGAAGACAUAGGGGAGCCAAAACCUACUAUUUUAUGUGCUGUUCCUCGUGUCUUGGAUAGGAUUUAUUCAGGUUUGCAACUGAAAAUUUCUUCUGGGGGUUUUCUCAAAAGCAAAUUGGUUAGUCUUGCUUAUGCAUACAAGUUACAUAGUAUGAAGGGACGUAAAAAACAUCCACAUGCAUCUCCAUUAAGUGACAAAAUUGUCUUCAGCAAGAUAAAACAGGGACUAGGAGGGGCUGGUCAUUUAGGGAGUGUGAUAUCUUCUAUGGGUCGCUGGAGAAUGAGGCUUGAGGUUCCACGUGCUGAAAUUGAUGAGAUGCUUCUACUAGCUAGGCUUGUUUCCCGAAGUGAUGUUGUUCCCCAUUACCUUAAUGUUGAUCUUGCAUUGGGAGAUAUACGUGUUGCAAAGUGUAUCAAGUCUCACUACCCAUGUGUCCCAUUGGAGGAAGCUUAA